UGUCUGUCAGUGAGACUCGAUCUAAAGCUCUUCUGCUGGGUUUGAGCUCUUCUGGAAGCUGGACUUUAGAGAAAUGAUGCUCAUCUUUGGACUGAUGCUGCUGCUGCAAACUGCUGCAUGUCUGGAUCGGGUCUGCAGUUUUGAUCAGUCUGAUCCCUGUUACGCAGCUCUGGGACACAAACUCAAUCUGCUGAUGGUGCUGGACGCGAGUGAAUAUGACCUGAAGAUACAAAAGGGAAUAAACAACACACAAGAUGAUCCAGUUUGUAGAGUAAAGAAUGACAGGAUGAGGAUGAAUGAAUGUGAUCUUUAUAAUAACAGACCUGAAGUGACAGUCAUUAAUGGGACUCUGAUAAUAAACCGUGUGAUCAGAGCAGAUUCAGGGAAUUACACAUUAAAACUCUCUCAUCGCUCAGACGGCACAGAAACAUCUAGAUAUCUUCAGGUCAUUGUUGAAGGUCUGGAUCAGUUCUGCAGGUUUGAUCAGUCUGAUCCCUGUUACACAGCUCUGGGACACACACUCAAUCUGCUGAUGGUGCUGGACACGAGUGAAUAUGACCUGAAGAUAAUAAAGAGAAUAAACAACACACAAGAUGAUCCAGUUUGUAGAGUAAAGAAUGGCAGGAUGAGGAUGAGUGAAUGUGAUCUUUAUAAUAACAGACCUGAAGUGAUAGUCAUUAAUGGGACUCUGAUAAUAAACCGUGUGAUCAGAGCAGAUUCAGGGAAUUACACAUUAACACUCGAUCGCGCAGAUGGCACAGAAACAUCUAGAGAUCUUCAAGUGAUUGUUGAAGGUCUGGAUCGGUUCUGCAGGUUUGAUCAGUCUGAUCCCUGUUACGCAGCUCUGGGACACAAACUCAAUCUGCUGAUGGUGCUGGACGCGAGUGAAUAUGACCUGAAGAUAAUAAAGAGAAUAAACAACACAAAAGAUGAUCCAGUUUGUAGAGUAAAGAAUGGCAGGAUGAGGAUGAGUGAAUGUGAUCUUUAUAAUAACAGACCUGAAGUGACAGUCAUUAAUGGGACUCUGAUAAUAAACCGUGUGAUCAGAGCAGAUUCAGGGAAUUACACAUUAACACUCGAUAACUCAAACGGCACAGAAACAUCUAGAGAUCUUCAAGUGAUUGUUGAAGCUCCUAUUGGCUCAGUGGAAGUGUCAAUCAUCUGCUCCUCCAGUGGGGUGAUGAGGGUGUUCUGCUCCUCUGAGGGGGAUCAGCUCCUCUACAGCUGGACUCUGAAUGGAGAUCCACUGAUGGAUGGAAACAGCAGCAUUGAUCUGGAUGAGAGAACUGAUGGAAACAUCAUCUGCAGCGUGAAGAACCACGUCAGUCAUACGCACAGAAGACCAUUAGACUCAAACCCUGUCCUGCUUCUUCUUGAAGUGAAAGUGGUGCCGGGGAGCAGUUGGGGGUUCGGUGUCUUGUUCGAGGGUCUCACCUCAGCCGUGGUCAAAUUCAAUAUGAAAUCAGGCCCAGAUCGGUUCUGCAGGUUUGAUCAGUCUGAUCCCUGUUACGCAGCUCUAGGAGACAAACUCAAUCUGCUGAUGGUGCUGGACGCUCGAGAUCAAGAGCUGCAUUUGUAUAAGGAGUUAAUCAAUAGCAGAGAACUGAAAGUUUUUAGAAUAAAGAACAAUAAAGAGAAAAAACAUGAAUCCAUGAGAAACAGAUCUGAGUUCAUCUUUGAAAAUGGGACUCUGAUAAUAAACCGCGUGAUCAGAGCAGAUUCAGGGAAUUGCAGAUUAGAGCUCUAUGGCUCAGAUGGCUCAAGAACUUUAAACAAACAUCUUCCCGUUAAUAUUGAAGCUCCUAUUGGCUCAGUGGAAGUGUCAACCAACUGCUCCUCCAAUCAGAGGUCAGUGUUCUGCUCCUCUGAAGGGGAUCAGCUCCUCUACAGCUGGACUCUGAAUGGAGAUCCACUGAUGGAUGGAAACAGCAGCAUUGAUCUGGAUGAGAGAACUGAUGGAAACAUCAGCUGCAGCGUGAAGAACCACGUCAGUCACGCACAGAAGACCAUUAGACUCAAACCCUGUCCUGGUCUGGAUCGGUUCUGCAGUUUUAAACAAUCUAAACCCUGUUACACAGCUCUGAGAGACAAACUCAAUCUGCUGAUGGUGCUGGACGCCAGUAAAUAUAACAUGAAGUUAAUAAAGAGAAUAAACAACACACAAGAUGAUCCAGUUUGUAGAGUAAAGAAUGGCAGGAUGAGGAUGAGUGAAUGUGAUCUUUAUAAUAACAGACCUGAAGUGACAGUCAUUAAUGGGACUCUGAUAAUAAACCGUGUGAUCAGAGCAGAUUCAGGGAAUUACACAUUAACACUCGAUAACUCAGACGGCACAGAAACAUCUAGAGAUCUUCAAGUGAUUGUUGAAGCUCCUAUUGGCUCAGUGGAAGUGUCAAUCAGCUGCUCCUCCAAUCAGGUGAGGCUAGUGUCCUGCUUCACAAAGGAGGGUGAUCAGAUCAUCUACAGCUGGACUCUGAAUGGAAAUCCAUUGACACGUGGACUGAUGGAUGGAAACAGCAGCAUUUAUCUGGAUGAGGGAACUGAUGGAAACAUCAGCUGCAGCGUGAAGAACCACGUCAGUCACGAACAGAAGACCUUUAGAGUCAAACCCUGUCCUGGUGUGGAUCGUUUCUGCUGGUUUGAUCAGUCUGAUCCCUGUCACACAGCUCUGGGACACAAACUCAAUCUGCAGAUGGUGCUGGACACUAGGAAAUAUUACCUGGGGUUACAUAAGAGAAUAAACAACACAAAAGAUGAUCCAGUUUGUAUAGUCAUGAAUGACAUGAUGAGAGAGAAUGAAUGUGAUCUUUAUAAUAACAGACCUGAAGUGACAGUCAUUAAUGGGAUUCUGAUAAUAAACCGUGUGAUCAGAGCAGAUUCAGGGAUUUAUACAUUAACACUCACUCAUCGCUCAGACGGCAGAGAAACAUCUAGAGAUCUUCAAGUGAUUGUUGAAGGUCUGGAUCGGUUCUGCAGGUUUGAUCAGUCUGAUCCCUGUUACGCAGCUCUGGGACACAAACUCAAUCUGCUGAUGGUGCUGGAUGCGAGUGAAUAUGACCUGAAGAUAAUAAAGAGAAUAAACAACACAAAAGAUGAUCCAGUUUGUAGAGUAAAGAAUGGCAGGAUGAGGAUGAGUGAAUGUGAUCUUUAUAAUAACAGACCUGAAGUGACAGUCAUUAAUGGGACUCUGAUAAUAAACCGUGUGAUCAGAGCAGAUUCAGGGAAUUACACAUUAACACUCGAUCGCGCAGAUGGCACAGAAACAUCUAGAGAUCUUCAAGUGAUUGUUGAAGGUCUGGACCGGUUCUGCAGGUUUGAUCAGUCUGAUCCCUGUUACGCAGCUCUCGGACACAAACUCAAUCUGCUGAUGGUGCUGGACGCGAGUGAAUAUGACCUGAAGAUAAUAAAGAGAAUAAACAACACAAAAGAUGAUCCAGUUUGUAGAGUAAAGAAUGGCAGGAUGAGGAUGAGUGAAUGUGAUCUUUAUAAUAACAGACCUGAAGUGACAGUCAUUAAUGGGAUUCUGAUAAUAAACCGUGUGAUCAGAGCAGAUUCAGGGAUUUACAGAUUAACACUUGAUCGCUCAGAUGGCACAGAAACAUCUAGAGAUCUUCAAGUGAUUGUUGAAGGAAAGAAACGGGGAGAUCAGAAAGUGUGAAUGAGAAGAUUUAGAGAACGACAUGAACACACUGAAGAAGAUGUCUGCUGAAGAUUCGUGAGAGCAGCAGCUUAAGCCCAAUUCAUAAAAAACAAACAAUAUAUAAAAACAAAAAUCAAAUGACUUCUUUUUAAAUAAAUGAGUCCAGCUAUAAUUCCUGUUCCUCUGCUUUUACUGUAUGUAUAGUAUCUCUCUGAUUUCUUGCACCGCUUAUAGAAGAAAGACACAUCUCUGAUAUGUUUAUGUAUGACAUUAUCAACUAAAGAACACAUUAAACAGACGCUUCAGAUUUAAUAGUAUUAGAUGGUUUGUUAAUUGCAUUUAAUAGAUCACACCAUGAGGCCACUUUGAUCUCCUCAUGAAGCCAAAAUUCAAGAACUCUCACAAAACAGAUGCCAUGCAACAAAACGAUAAACUCACUAAUCUGGAGAGAAGAUCUCACAGAAAAAGCAAAAGACACCAGCAUGACCAAUCUUGUCUCCUUGCUUAAUUAUGAUCCCCUCCCUCUCCUCUCACUUUCUCCUCCACUAAGCUCAAGUAAGAAGGUCUAUAUAACACAUAUGAUGUGUCUUGUGAAUCUACUGUUUUUCCCCUUUUAUGUUUGGCAUCAUUUUAAAUGUCUCAGUGCGAUUGGUAAAAUGGUCUCAAUUUCACAGCAGUCACUUAUAUUAUGAGAAAGAUUGAAAGAUCCUGACCAACCUAAUUAAACUAAUUUGAAGAUUUCUUUGUUCUGGUCUGGAUAUCUAAUCAAAGUGCCAAUGCAGUCAUUUGGGAUUCAGAAAACCCCACAGUGUGUCUCUGGAGAUCUGCAUGAAAAUCUCUCACAUGUUGCUGUGUGUUUCUCUGCUGUCAGGUAUGCUUCUCUCACUCUUAGAUUCAUCUUUGAGCAGUUGAUGUUAUGUAUUGAUCUGAAAUUAAUUCUGAAAUGGAUUCUCAUUGUUUAAUUAUGCAAUUGUCAUGAUGCAUUUUUACCUGACAAAUAAAAUGUUAUAUUUGAUUUA